CUUGAUUAUACACGAGCUUAUAUCGCCACAUGUAAUUUUUGAAUACCGUCUGAAAAUAAAAGUAAAAAAUAUAUAUCAUCAUGUCUUCUCUCGCGCAGUUAGCCAUUUCCAAGUUGAGAAAAGCCGGCUUGGGCGACGUCUUGCACGUCCCCGGCGAGCAGACGUACGAAGCGACAGAGGCAUCCCUCGCGCCGUAUUCGCAGAAACUACGGCCAUGGGCCAUCGUGCAGCCCCGGAGCACGGAAGAGGUCUCCAAGGCGGUGAAAGCGCUGGUCAGCACCAAAGGUCUGCAGUUCGCCGUCCGCAGUGGCGGCCACAUGUGGGCGGAUUAUAGCAAUAAUAUCAAAGAGGGCGUGACGAUCGAUCUGAGUCUUAUGACGAAGCGGACUUACGACCUCGAAACGAAACUUGUAUCACUCCAGCCGGGGAGCAGAUGGAAGGAUGUCUACAGAGACUUGUGUGAGGAAGGAUUGCUGGUUGUUGGAGGGCGCGAGCCGAUGGUAGGAGUCGGUGGAUUCUUAAUUGGUGGGGGUUUAUCGUUCUUCAACUCUAGGAAGGGAUGGAGUUGUGACACGAUUGUCAACUACGAAGUCGUGCUAGCGGAUGGCAGUAUAGUCCAGGCCAACAAGACGACGAACCCAGACCUAUAUCUCGCGCUAAAAGGUGGUUCUCUCAACUUCGGAAUAGUGACACGCUUCGACAUGGAGUCUAUGGAGUCCAAGAACAUAUGGUGCGGCAUGGCCGUAUACCCCAAAACCUCCAACAACCAGAUCAUCGACGCUUAUGUCGACUUCACAAACAACCUAGCCGACAACCCGGACGACUAUGUGUUCCUAUACGCGUACCGCCCGGCCCUGGAGGAAGACUACACCAUAAGCAUAAACCUGUCCGAUAUGAAUGGCAUCGCAAACCCGAAGCCCCUCCAAAAGUUCUUGGAUAUCCCGAAUCCGAUUUCAAAUAAGGACGACUUCAAGGUCAAGACGCUGUAUGAGAAGUUGACGGAUUACGUAGUCCCGUCCGCGAACUACACCAACUGGGAAGCCAUCACCGUGCAAGUCGACGCCAGCGUCCUACGCCGCGCAUCCGGCGAAUUCGAAGUCCUAAUAUCGAAGCUGCGGAGGGCGAUCCCGGACAACAACUUCAUCGCGCGGAUGGUGACGCAGCCGAUCCUGAAGUCGUGGGCGCGGAUCUCCGCCUCCAAGGGCGGCAACGUGCUCGGGAUCGAGAACCUGCCGGCGGACUGCCUCAACAUCCUGGUCGGGAUCGAGGUCCAGUCGCUCGAGCUGCGCGAGAAAGUCGGCAGACCCGCCGUCAAGGCCCUCCUCGCCGACGUCAAGUCCUACGCCAAGUCCAUCGACAAGGACGCCGACUGGCUCUACCUCAACUACUGCACGGACGGCCAGGAGCCGUUCGCGACGUACGGCGCCAAGAAUGUAAAGCUGUUGAAGACGGUAGCGGCCAAGUACGAUCCGAACAGGGUUUUCCAAGAGAGGGUGCCUGGUGGGUUUAAGAUCUCUAAGGCGCCCCUAAUGGAAAAACUCUGAAUUUCGUAUAUUAGGCGGCAUGAAGAGUUGGGCAGUCGAGUUUCGUAACGUCUGAUCUGUUUUGUUCAGCCAUUGAUGUAUGCAUUUAACUAGGCAACUACCUACUUUACACCAGUGAAAAGAGGUGGG